AUGCGUUCAAGACUCUUCGUCACUCUAGCCGCAACUGCAGAAAACCGUCUGCCUCGCUCGUCCGCUGCUUCGGUGGCGCGCUGCGAGUCUGUGGCACCGUGCGGGGCGUCCGCGUCUUCAGAAGGCGGAGGCGCAUGGCACACCAGGAGGAGGAGCGGCUGGGCCGAGGCCGCGAGGACGCGGUACGGCGUGAGAGGCGGAACGGACAGCGCCGCGCGAGUUUCAAACGGAAAGUCUCGCUCGGUCUCGCCCUCAGUGACCUGCAGAACUCCCGAGCCUUCGAGAACGAACAUGAAGACAGCCGUGGAGAGAUGCAGCUUCCAAGGCAGCGCACCGGGCGAGAUCGAUGCCGGACAGGCAAUCAUCUGGACUGACGAUGCGAGCGUCGCGGUGGAGAAGAGCGGCCAGGCGGCGAAGCCGGAAGGCGGGACCCCAGAAACGAGGGGAAGUUCGCGUCUUCUCCUCUCGCAGGACGGACACCGCUUCUCCUCCUCAAAUGCCGUUUCCUUCCCAGGCGCAGGCGCACUGCGAGACCGACAGACUUCCAGGGUGCUCGCGGCAGAACAAGUCGAAGUCGCAGGCGCCUCUGCAAGACAGUAA